AUGAUAGGAAUUAAAAAUAAUAUAAAUUUAUUUGUAAUAUUAGUAGUAUUAAUAAUUUUCAUUGUUAAUUGUGGUGAUAAUUAUUUGGUUGAUGCGGCGGUCAAUACCAAAACAAAGAUAGCUGUCAUCACUGGAGGUAGUUUCGAUGAUCUCGGUUUCAAUGCCGUUAUCAACGAAGGAAGAGUAAAGGCACAGAGAGCAACCGAGAUAUUGCAUUUCGAUCUCUUUUCGAAUGUUCAUAUCGACACGCUGAACGACACCAUCCAGUGGUGUGUCGACGAAGGAUACACCGGUAUCAUUUCGCUGGCGGUGGAGGUAGCCACUCAAGUCCGACUGAACGCUGCCAAAUUCCCACUGGUAAAGUUCUUGGCGUUCGGUAGUCUGGCGACCACUCCAAAUCUCAGUUGGGCCACCUACAACAUUGGAAUUAUGCAGUACGUCGUCGGUUAUUUCGCCGGGCUGAUGACCAAGACCGGAAAGAUUGGAUACAUUGCACCGGGUGAACCACUCGUCAAGAAUUACAAUGCCAAUGCACUGUUUGUCGGUGCGAGACGAUCCAAUGAAACCGCUCAGGUUCUCAUUUAUAAUACUGGCGAUUGGAUUAUCCCGGAUGUCUCUGUUGGUGCUACCGAUCAGCUCAUUGCCAAAGACAUUGAUUUCCUCAGUAACAACCAAGACGAUCAAUCGGCCAACAUCCAAAUGAUCAAAAGAGGUUAUUUCGGUUUGGGAACCAACGGAUUUCCACAGAACAGAAUCUACGGUGAGCAAAUCGCAAUGGGUGUCUGUCAUAAUUGGACUCAGGUUUUCAUCGAUUUCGCAAAUAUAGUUAUCACCAAUUCAUCGAAAUCAUUUAAAUUCUAUGGAGAGUUUUAUAAUGGUUUUCUAUAUCUUGAUAAAUUUGGUUUUUAUGUUCCACAAGUUGUACAACAAAAAGUUCAGGAUGAAAUUAAAAAUUUAAGUUCAGUACCAAGAGCUCAACAUCCAUACUUUUGUAAUAAAUACAAUAGAGAACUCUACAAUUUGAACAAUUCAAUUUUCGGAGCAGAGUUACCAGCCAACAAUUGUCUGACAAACAGUCAGUUUUUCAGGCUGAACUCUGAUUACGAUGGUAUGCACUGGCAAGGUUUCUAUAGUGUUCCUCUUACCAGAGUCGAUGUAAAGCAUUCGAUUCUCUAUGGAUUUACUAUCACUUCGGGUGUGCUGAUUGCUCUUUCUCUGGUGUUGCUUGCUAUGAUUGGAUGGUUUAGAAAUGCUCAUUCCAUUAGAUCGGCAAGUCCUUUCUUCUCUGCUACAAUCAUUAUCGGUGGAAUUAUGACUUAUAUUGGUGCCAUUAUUUAUGCGUUGCCGCCAUCCAACGGUUCCUGCGUUGCAAAGUUCUGGAUGUUGGCGAUUGGCUAUGCGCUUAUGGUUGGAUCGCUGGUGGUUAAGAACAUUAGAAUCUGGAUGAUUUUCGACAACUCUGAGUUGAGAGUAGUCAAGGUAACCAACUACCAAUUGAUGCCGUGGGUAGCCGGUAUCGUAGCGAUUAUGGUUGUGCUGCUGGCGUUGAUGACCGCGCCGGCUGUUGGCGACAUCAAGAUGGUGCAAGUCGACUGGCGAUCAGAGGAUGCCAACGAUCUCAGUAAGUAUGAAUACGCCAACGUUUGUAUCAUGGGUAGAACAGCGUCGAUCAUCCUCUACGUGCUCUUGGGAGUGUUUGGAGUGCUGAUGGCAACCGGUGUAUUUGUAUCGUGGAAAAUCAGAACUGUCGACAUUGAGGAGUUCAACGAGAGUAAACCCAUUGCCAACACACUGUAUGCCGGACUGUUUUCGAUUUUCGUAAUCAUCAGUUUGAUGAUUUCACCGCAGUCGGUCAACAAUGAAACCACCAUUAUUUGCUCGGCCGUACUGUUUAUCACAACCAUUUCACUUGGUAUUCUAUUUUUACCGAAAUUCAUUAGAAUCUAUCUCUAUGGCGCCAACACAUCGAACGUCUUCAAUAGAAGUGGUAAGCAGACGAGAAGUACAGCCACCGGUGGUAAAACCGUCAGUGAUGGAAAUCUCACACAAUUCAACGAUGAAGAGGGUGAAAGUCGUGCGGCACCCGCCACCUCGCAUGACACCUCGAGUGGUUCGAUAGCAACUCUCGAAAGAACAGACAGUAGGUCAAUGGUAAACAGAAGCAACAGUCAAAUAAUAACAAAAGAUCAGUUAACCAUUAGUGUUUCAAACGAGAAACCAAAUGACGAUCUUGAAAUGGAACAACCUUAA